CGCUAUCAAUUUUCAUUACUUCAUAAAAGCAAAAAAUUAAUUCCGUUAAUUUUUGGCCAAAAAUCGAACAAAACAACAAAAAAGUUAGCAAAUAAGAGAAAAAUAGUAAAAUUACAAAAUCUUUUUAGUGCAAAAAACGGUAAAUACGUAAUUUAGAAGCGCCAAUGUGCAUAUUCUACAGAAAACGAAAAUUAUUUCUAACGAGAAUAAAGUGGGUGGAGAAUUGAGUUACAAUUAAAGGAUCGAAAUACAAGAAAAUCGUAAUUAAUUAUAUCAUGGCAACGAAUGCAAAUGAUAAUAAUGAGAAACAAUUAAGCAAAGAUGAGCAGGAAGGCCAAUCUAACCAAGCUGAUGCAAAAAAUCCAAAAACUGUAACAACAACAGCAAGUACCAAAAUCACAAAUGUCGCCAAAAAGCAUUCUAGUGAGAAAUCAAUGCAAUCUCCUUGUGUGCAAGAAGACAAGUCGAUGGCACCUGAAUUAUUAACAUUACAAUCGGGUACACCAAUUGCACUGAAAACACCUACAACUGACGACGAUAUUGACAGAGAAGCAGAAAAUCAGAAGGAUCCUGGGCGAGGAGGUAACAUUGGUCUUGCAUCGCCUCCGGACAAUCAAUACUUUUUUGAAGAUGAAGUUUUUCGAAUUGAUAAGAAGGGACAUAUCAAAUUUGGACUUAUAACUGAAACGGCUGAGACGUAUUCCGCUGAUGAAGAUGAAGAUUUUGAAGAAAUGGUAUUAAAAGGUGAAGUUCGAAUAGCAUGGUAUCCUGAGGGUAAAGAGGAGGUGCAUGUCGAAUCGGCGAUUGGCUUAGCUGAUCGUACACUAAUGCCGGGUGAUGUGGUACGACGUUUGGUACCAGGCAAAGAUACCCAACGUGGGUAUUGCCGCAAUAUUAGCUGCCACGCUGAUGUCAAAGUUCUGGGCACAAAAUAUGUUAUCAAAAACGUAAUGACAGAACGUUUACGUCCUAUAAAUUGUUGGCAACGUGAUAGCGCUGUUUGCCUAGACUCUUGGGUUGGCAGCACCAAGGAUGUAGAGGAAAAAGCGGUGUUGAAAUCAACUGCGGGUACAAGAAUUGAAAUUACGUGCCAAAAUUUCUAUGGUUUUACGGAUUACUAUUCGCGCGAUUCUCAAGGUAUUUUCAACCCUCAUGUUUUCUUUCCUGGCAACGUAAUAAUAGGACGUUUACAAUCGUUGGAUAAUGUUAAGUUGUUAACACCUAAUAUACCGAUACAUAAAAACAAAAAAGGCAAACCCUUGAGAGGAAAGUAUACGAUUGAAUCUGUUGAAACUGAUUCGGUGUGGGUACAUUGGCAAUGUAAGGCUCUGUCUGAGGAAAGCUCCAUCGACACUUGCAUCUUAGAACAGCCGAAUCCUUGUGUCAGCGGCGAAGACCUGAAGCGGUUAAAGCGUUUAAAUCUCUUUGAAUCAUGUAUGCUACAAAUAAGCGACCGUAACUACCUGAAAUUUUCGAACUUGGAUAGUUAUAUUAAAAAAUCACAGUGGGAAAAAGAGCAAGCUAGCAAAUUUAAAUUGAUACUUGAACAAAUUCAAAAAAAUGAAAUGCAGACCGGUAAGAAUUCCAGUUCAGGCAACGAAAGCUUUACAAAUUUAUAUAAUAGUAAUCAUGCCGAAAGAACUAGAAAGAAGUCUAGCUUGAUUGACGUCGAUGCGAAAAUGGUUAAACCUAAAAAGUCUACACUGAAAACAGAAAAGCUAAGCACUGCUAGUAAAGAAAAAAGCACAAAUGAAGCAUCACCCGAGAACACCGCUUCCAACGUCUUGCCGGCGAGAAAAUCAUCAAAGUCAAGUGGCGAUACCGAAUGGGUGACAGACGACGAAGAUGAGGAUGAUGAUGAUGAUGUUUAUUCCAACGAUGAUUUCUUUGCGGAUCGUGUCAGCACCACAACCUGUUCAAGCCCCUCGCCGCAUCAAAGUCCAAAACACAGCAAACGACAUCUUUUGAAAAAGAAAAGCAAAACAACUAAUAAACCUUCGCCAUUACUAUUACCCGAGUUCCAGCCAAAAGAAGGCGAUGAAUUGGUGACUGAAACUUUGCUGGUAUACAGCACUGCCACAGUUGUUUGGCAGGAUGGCACCGUGGAAGCCGGCAUACCGGCGACACAAUUGUACCCCAUACAUCAUUUAGAUAAUCAUGAAUUCUUCCCCGGAGAUUUCGUUGUGUCCGGCAAAGAAGAAGGCGAUAUAACGUAUCGUGACUAUGGCGUGGUACAAACGGUCGAUCAUCAGGGGCGUAUAGCGCGAGUUAAAUGGUUUACCACUUAUACAUCCGCAGAUGAACCAAAACCCACAUAUAAUGGUGAAACAGAAGUUAGUGUUUAUGAUUUGAAAGAUCACCCGGAUUUUCAGUAUCGUCCUGGUACUAUGGUUAUACGUGUUGCGAAUUUCUCGGGCGAAGAUGCUGUUUGCACGGCUGGACAAGUUAUCGAUAAUUACAUAGAUGGUCGUGCGAAAGUGUGGUGGGUGGACGGACACAUCAGUAUGUGUUGGCCGCAGGAUUUGUUUGAAGUUGGUCAGUAUGAUCACGCUGAUUGGGGGCAUGAAUCCGACGAUUCAUGGGAAACCGAAUCGGAGAAUAGCGAGUUGGGUGGCAGUACACCAGUGAUAGCGCUGGAAGAGUCUCAUAUAAUAACGAAUAUUGAGCGUACGCGUGUAGCUAUCGCCCGUCUGGAAGAGAUUUUCAAUAUAAGUCCUAAUUUACAAAAUGCUGAAGUAAUGAAAAACUUGUUAAAUGUUUACAAAGGUUGUCGAUACCUGGAUCGUUUAUUGAACACCAGCUUCUUUCAUGAAGAUAACUUUCAGGGUCUAAUUGAGCGUGUACGUAAAGGCGGUACACAAUCGAUUUCGGAACGUGCGCAAGAUCGAAAAAAUCGUCUCUUUAGUUACGUCCACGCUGCAUCACCUAAUACUAAGCAGCAACAACAACAGCAGCAGCAGCAGCAGCUUAGUCAACCGAUCUCUAUGCGUGGACAAAGGCAACAGCAUUCCCACUAUUAUGCAGUUGCUUCAUUGGAUAGCGCACAGAAGACGCCAAAAGCAGCAACUUCUAACGAAGGCACGAACGAUAGCACUAAAUCGAAAGAGUAUGCACCGAAAAUACUCUUCAAUAUCUCGCCCACGCCUUUUAAGUCCCCUUCAUCUCUUGUUAAUGUUCCUGGCUCGAGCGCUACUUAUUCAGCUAGCGGCGCAGCAGCCUCUGUAGCUUUGCCUGCACUCAAGCUAAAAUCUGCCACAUCAAUUUCUACGGUAACCUUAGCACCAUCAGCACAUAAUGUGGCAGUUAAAAGCGUCAGUAAGACAACAGCGAUCUCAAAUGAAACUGCAGCAGCAGCAACUGGCCAAGAGGAUAGCAACACGCAGAGCGUUCCUGAUGGUAAAGCUAUGAUGGCGACACGCGCUGGUGCCAGUAACUCUUUAGCGCAUCAACAGAGUAUGUUUGCACAGAAUAAUCAAUUGCUCAACUCGGCCAUGAUGAAUAUUGAAAGAGCCUUUGAAAAAACGUGUCAAUUAAAAUCUGUAAUUGCAACAUCGCAGGAUGAUUCCGGCAAUUAUUCGCGCAAUGAAAAUUGUGAUGGCAGCUCGACUAGCCACGCCAGCUAUUCCGAUCUCACUACUGGUGAUGUUAAUAGUUCAACGAAGGUUAUCGAUGAUCAAAAAUCCGUCUCUUGCAGUAGCAUUGAAUUCAAUGAAGACACAGCACCAGAAAUGGAUUGUGUACGCUUGUGUGCAUUGUUGAAAGAACAAUUAGUUAAAUGUAUACAACAAAUACGGGAAAAAUAUUACAAAGGUGAAAAUCUCAAUUUGAGUGAAGUCUUCAAUUUUGAUGGCCUUGCGGAGGAAACGAAAAAGUUAGAACAACUGAAUGCUCAAGAAGAAAAACCAACUGCAGAGCAGGCGGUUAAAACUCCCACAACAAGUGACGAAAAACAACCGGUAACGGACGAAGCAGUAGCAAGAGUUGAAACGAAUGAAGAAACAGCAUCGAAAUCGCACGCAUCUGUUGUCAGUACGCCAAUCGAGUCGAAUGUGUCACUAAGUGCGCCAACGGAAUAUUUCCAAGUGUUACCGACGGCGCCAGCUGGACACAAGUUUCAGUUGACAAUUUUCCAUCCGAACAAUACCCAGCAGUAUUAUAAGGCAGUGCAGCGUGAGCAUCGCAUGUUGAAGAGCUCGCUACCACCCGGCGUUUGGGUUAAAGUUUUCGAAGACCGAAUGGAUUUGCUGAGCGUCAUGAUUGAAGGACCUAAAAAGACACCAUACGAAGAUGGUUUAUUCUUUUUCGAUAUACAACUUGGUCGUGAUUAUCCAAAGAGUCCGCCUCAAUGUAGCUAUAUUAGUUAUUGUUCGGAUCGUUUAAAUCCGAAUCUCUACGAAGAUGGUAAAGUCUGUGUAUCUCUAUUGGGCACAUGGGCCGGCCGCGACUCGGAAGUAUGGGGCCCCAACAGUACUCUACUACAGGUUAUUGUAUCCAUACAGGGUCUUAUAUUAGUACCUGAACCAUAUUUCAAUGAAGCGGGCUAUGAGAAGCAAAAAGGCACCCAACAAGGUAGCGAAAAUUCACGUAUGUACAAUGAAAUGGUCAUUAUAAAAAUGGUGCAAUCCUCAACGAAACUGCUACAGCAGCCGCCGGAACUUUUCCGACAUGAAAUACACGAACACUGGAAAGUGUAUGGCUUUCCUAUGUACGAACGUAUUAAAGGUUGGAUGGAGUUAUCCAAAUUAAUGCCAAAUAAACCAAUCGAAGAGGCUACAACGCAAAGUGCAACAGCAGCAGCAGCAGCAGCGUUGCAAGAUGCAGCACAGCAAGCGACUGUUGUGAAUACCGAGUGUAAUGCUGAAGUUAAUUACACGCCACCCGAUUUUCCACUUGUACCUGCAAGCCGUGGCUUUUGUUUAUCAUUAGCUGGCCUCUUAGAUAUAUUCAAAACGAAAUUAAUUACGCUAAAUGCGAUUGGCAAAUAACAAACUCACAAAGGCAAAGCGAACAAGUGAGGGCGUGGAACACCAAAGCAACAAAAAUUUUUGUGUUCCGCAUUCAAUUUGUUAUAGCUUUAGAUUUAAUAGAAAUGUUUUUGGAAAUUGCAUAAAUGAAGCUAAAUAUUGUAUUUAUUAUUAUUUUUAUUUCUUUAAAAAUAUAUUGCAAUUUUUUAUGGCGUCCACUCGAUGUGUAAUGUACGAAAAGGAAAAAAAAGAAAGUUGCUGUCGAAAUCGCCUUAGCGCAUUGUCAAUUCGAUUUUUACACGAAAACUUAUAUAAAUAUGCUUCUGUACAUAUACAGCUGUGCGUUUGCAAACAAUUCCAAGUAAUUUGUAUUAUGGCAAAGUAUUAAAAUGAUAAAUUUAAAUGCUACUUUGUAUAUAUAAAUAUAUUAUAUUUUGUUACACUUCCUAAUUAGUAUGAUUAUGUUUAAUUGUAAUUAUUUUUUUUUUCGCUUAUCUAAAUUAUUAUCCAAUCUGUAAUAAUACUCACAAAACGCUGCGAAUAUUAAAAGCGAAUUGUCGUAGAAAGAAAAGUUUUUUUUUCUACAAUGAAAUUUUUGAAUCUCAAAAAAAAAAGGCUAAAUUUACA